CGCUUAUUCUUCUCUUGUUGGGUUACAUCAAAGAGCCACACAGGUCCCGGAAACAGGAGAAGAAAGGUUCCAACCACCCCUUUUCCAAGGAAAGCAUCACAUCCCCUCCUUCCCAAAAACAAACAACGAGCACGAUCGCGCAUGGAGUCCAUUGUUGAGGAAUUCCACAAUUACUGGGAAACUCUCAUGUUCUUCCAGUCGGAAGAGCUUCACAACUGCGUCCACGAGGCGAUUUCCAGAUUCAAUGAUCCGAGUUCGCUGGGCGCGGCGGCGUUGCCGGCAGCAUCUAAGAGCAUUGCCCUGGAAAGGAAUAGGAGGAAGAAGCUCAAUGACAGGCUCUUUGCACUUAGAGCCCUCGUGCCCAAUAUAAGCAAGAUGGACAAGGCUUCAAUAGUGAAAGAUGCUAUUGAUUACAUCCAAGAGUUGCGUGAUCAAGAAGGAAAAAUCCGAGCCGAGAUCGUGGAGCUCGAAUCUGUGAUUCUGAAGAAAAACCCCGGCUUCAAAAUUGAGCAAGAACGAUCACCGGUCCAUCCGAAAUCUAAGAGGAAGAGAACAAAGCUGCGCCAUGAUAGUUCCAAGAGUCCAGACAUCACUCCGAUUGAAGUUCUUGAGGUAAGAGUGAUGGAAGUUGGAGAGAAGAGCGUGGUGGUUAGCUUGACUUGUAGCAACAGGGGAGACACGAUGGUUAAACUCUGUCAAGCGUUCGAGUCUCUGAAGCUCAAAAUAGUCGCAGCCAACAUCACCGCCCUCUCAGACAAGCUUUCGAAGAUGGUGUUCAUAGAGAAGGAAGAGAAGCAGGGCAAGGAACACAUUCAAUCCAAAAUUGAAGCCGCCAUUGCAGCUCUCAAUAACCUCCGCACCGAGCCCUCCUGACGCGGGCACUUAGCGGUUUUGAGCUGAAACGCUCGGAAGGGUUCGAUUUCAUCAGCGUCACCGGCUCCUCAGAAGUUGGUAACGGGAUGUCGUUCUCGGUGGCAGCGCAGUACAGAAUCGAGCAUCAGGUUGUGUUCAAAAUAUGUAUCUUCUCUACUCCAAUAACACGUCACAUCGACAUUGUAUGCCGUCGGGGACAGUAAGACACUGUGCACAUCCAAAUCUAAAGAGAAUUAAAGUCCUCUUCUUGUGCCCUUUAGGCAAAUGAUUGUGCUCUUUUACGUGUUAAAUCUCUGAUAAUAGAAUAUUGUUUCUUUCA